AUGAGAUGUGUGUUGCUUUUGGCUGGAGUUGCUUUUGUGGCGACUUUUGCUGCGAUUUCAGAUGGAGAUCAUGGAAAGAAAGAGUCAACUGAUGUAAAAUCUGUUCAUGGUGAACAUAAGGAGAAUGCCGAGCUUGCUCAAUGUGAGUUUAUCUCUUUCUGUUUGAGGGACGGUUUCAAUUUUUGCUUUCAAAGUUUAGGAGGACCCAUCUGAUGAGGAGAAGGAGAAUAGAUUGAUGAAUUCACUUCAAAAUAUGGUGAAUUUCAUCUACUAACGUCCUUGCCCCAGAGUGGUUAUUUUAAUAACAAGGUAGCCAAUUUUUAGCUUGCUUUGAGAGGGUUUUGGACAUCGUUUGUUAUAGAUAAUGUAAAAACUUGUUCUUAUUUUGGUAGAUCCUUUAUAAGGACCUUUCAUUUUCAAUUUCAGUUCACGUCCUGUUCCGUCACGCCCGUCAAGAGCAAUCUAGGGGCAUUUUGACCUUGAAGAACACCUCCAACAACAAAGAUCGUGUGAAACUUCUCAAGAACUACAUCCAAAAACUCUCUCAAGAAGGUGAGAAAGCCAAGAAGGAGGUAGAAGAUAAAGGCUACACCCCAAAAGCUCACGAAAUUCCACAGAAACAAUCGUUGAAAGAGGCCGUUACCAACAUUGUGAAGAAUAUUGCAUUUUUCGCGGAAGCGGUUGCCAAUUUCCCGAAGCGAAUGAAAAAAGAAUUUGUGGAGAACGAGAAGUUCAAAGGGCUGGUUGAAUGGGGUUUGGAUUUCUCAGACAAAAUGGACCUUUAUGAUGACGAUACCAAGAAGAUUGUCGAGAUCGCCAAGAUCGAAUUGGAGGUUUUGCCAAGGCCGGAGGGCUUUGUGAAUCCGUACUUCAAGACAAAAGAGCAAAAGCAACAGGAAUUAUAUGAAGAAAAUAAGAGAAGGGAGGCCGAGAAGAAGGAUCCAAAGAAACCGAGGAAGGAUAAGAACGAAUUGUGA